AUGGCUUAUACGGAACCACCCGAAGAGCCUGCACUUCUGAAUCUUCGGAACCAGAACCCGAAUUUUGUCCGAAGCUUUUCGCUCAAAAAUCAGUCGAAUUCCUCCGAGACCAUAUCAUUCGUACCACCUUGUUUUUCGACGCCUAGUACUCCCCUCUCGACACACUACUCCUCCAAUUUCCAGCACGAACUUCAACCGAGAAAAGAGAAGACGGCUCCCACUUCUGUGACCUACAAGUGCAUGUCCUCCAUCCUCACGAAGGACGGUCAGAUCUUGUGCAUUGCCGUGUUGAACGGCAAUGUAGCGUAUACUGGCUCCGAAAGUAAUGGGAUUCGUAUUUGGAAGCUCCCCGAGCUCACGGAGUGCGGUCAAAUCAAGAGCAAGGCGAAGAUGGUGGUUGCGAUUCAAGUGACUAAUGACAGGGUUUUCGCAGCUUAUGCGGACUCCAAGAUUAGGGUUUGGAGUCGUCGGACGUGCCGCGGGGUCACCAAACACGUCAAGUUAGUCACCAUUCCGAGAAGUGGAGGAUAUGUUCGGAGCUACAUUUCUGGCAAAGAUAAAAUUGUAAGUGUUACCGUAUAA